AGGUUAGUGCAGGUUAGUUUGUGUCCUAGGUUGUGUCGGUUGUGUGACAUCGUUUGCGAAAUGGUGUUGAUAGUGAAAUAUCAUUAAACAAUUGGGUACAUGAUUGGCAUGAUAAUUUCAAACGUACCUUGGAUAAAACUAAUCGUCAGAUCAGACGAUCUUUCGUACGUACCUGAUUUGUUCGCUUUUCCAUAGUAAGUGGACACAAAGGAAAAACAGAACCUAACCUCCAAGAUUGCUUAUUGGACACUUACGGUGAAUAAUAAUAACUAAUACAGUCGGUGAAAAUCACAGAAUUUACUGAUAAUUUAAACUUACUGCAAUCCAGCUUAUUGGUUGUAUUUUUAUAACGGUCGAACGUUAACUGAACAUACCCACAGAGAAGACAGAGAGAAACCGUAAUGUCAGGUAAAGGUAAACAGAGUUCAAAGAAGGCGCUGAUAAAGGUGCGCGAGGGAGGUAAAUCCGGACAUCUGUCUUCUGUAAACUCUGACACAAGUUCGGAGAGCACAGAGGCUGCAGUUUCUCUGCCUGUUCUAAAGACGGUUGACAAUGGAAAACACUUGCCAAGGUACUGUAGCAUUCUUCAGCGUUCGGCGGAGGAAUGUGUCGGGAUGGAAGAUUUGGAUACGCUACAACUCGAGCUGGAAACAUUGCUUUCAUCCGUUGUAGUUCGAUGCCGAUUACUGCAAGAUGAGAUAACAAACUUGUCGUCGGCGGAAGAACGUAGAGACAAAAGGUCAAAGAGUGUAAAAGGCCUGUCGACACUUGACAAAAAAAUUCGCGAGGAUAAAUCCAAGCUCAAGGACUUUAGCUCAAAGGCGCAGUCUCCGCUUCCGGCCAAACUGUUUAAGCAAAAAACUUCUGGGGGAUUAGCUUCUCAAGUUGUCCCGAAUCCUCACGAAUUGAACAGAAUCGAUGGGAGUAAAUCUGAUCUCCCUAAAUUACUUUUGCCCAAAAACGAUACUCCCAAUAAGUUCUGGGCUUCGGUCGAUCCUUACUGCACCGAUAUCAUGCCGGAGGACUUAAAGCUGCUGGAGGAAUUGGUCGCUUCUCAUAGCGAUCAGAGCGAGUUGAAGAAAAUCCCGCCGCUGGGUCGUCAUUAUAGUCUGCUGUGGGCGCAUAAUGAUUUAUUGCAGGAGGAAGAUGCGGCUAAUCCAAACAGGGAUAAAAAGAAAAAUCGGUCCGACGUUUCGCUCCUUGUUUCGAAGGUUGAUAAGAAGGGAAAUAGCAUCGCAGGACCUUUGACCCAAAGAUUAGUUUCAGCUCUGUUGGAAGAGAAUGUAUAUGUAGCUAAUAAUAAUAUGGAUAAUAAAUUGUUUAGGGAUGGCGAUCCUCCUGUGCUUAGAGACUUGUCUAUACAAAAUUCAAUGAAUUUGGAAUUGAGGAUGCACAAGGAGCUGGUAGAGCAAGGUAUACUUGAGGCUGAUACUCCGAAAAAGAAUCAAGAUGAUGAAAUUCUUGCAGAAAUCAAACGAUGCCAACAAGAACUGUCCGCUUUGUCCAAUCAUAAUGUGACACAGUUGAAACGACUGCUUCAAUUGGCGCAAGAGGAGAGCAAACGACAGGCUGUGAAACGUAAAAUAAGCAUUGUCGACAACGAAGUCGUUGAACAUUACAAAAAAUUGAUACUAGCUAAACAGAGAAAAGUGUCUAUGACUAAAAAAGAACAGGAGAAGGCUUGGAGCUGCCUGAGAGAACGUGAAAACUUACUUGAACAUUUGAAUAUACUGUCAAGCGGCAGUGACACUGUCAUCAACUCAAGAAAUAACACGGCUUGAUCUCUCAAUGGUCGUCAUACAAGACAAUGCGUAUAUGCAACAUAACAUUGCGUUGUAGAAUAGCAGUUCUGAUUAGUUAAUCUCAUUUGAGUCGUAUUUUUAUGUUUAUCAUGUUUAAUAUUUUGAAUUAUUGUACUUUUCGUUACGAUUACAAUGUUAAAAUGAAUGAUGUGACAAUUACUUUACAGCUUACAUUGCUCUAUUUACUUGUACAGAUUACAAUAUUAUAAUUCUGGUAGUAAUUUAUACAGUUACACAUCUAAGUUAAUCUGUUCUUUUGAUUACUUUUUUAUGUGGUGCCUGAUACAAUUGAGUGAUUUAUGAAUGUAGUAACAGGAUAAAUUGACCGUCAGGGAAAAUAAUGAAAUGGGAAAGAUGUAUUAACAUAUAAUCUAUAUUUUAAUAUAUUAUUUUUAAAUACAUAUUCGAGAAUUUUCAAUCUUACGUAUCAUCUGGAAUAAUAGUAACGAUAAUUCUAUUCGUAACAAUGAUAAUGAUUGUAAUUAUAGGGAAUGUUCAACAAAUGAAAUAUCGUGAAAAUGUAAACAAGUCGUAAUAAUAGAAAAAUAUA